AAUGGCGUAAAGUAGUGCGCGUCCCUGCUGGACCUUUUUUUGUGUGAGGGACAACUUCAAAAAGCUUUACCGGCCAUGGUAAGCGCGCGAUAAACGCUCGACUUAAUUUUCUAACGGAAGCUGAGACGUAUUUUCGUUUGAAAUGAAGAAGGACAUGCUGAAGUUUAUAAGAGGGAAGGGGCAGCAGCCCACCGCCGAACGUCAAAAGCAGCAGCGAGAACUAUUUGCCUUCAGAAAUACGCUUCACCAUGGGUUCCCUAAUAAACCCUCAGCCCUGGCUUGGGAUCCUGAUCUCAGAUUGAUGGCCAUUGGCACUUCCUCUGGAGCCAUCAAAGUUGUUGGAAACCCUGGCGUUGAAUUUUAUGGGCAGCAUCAAAGUAAUGAGAGUCCAGUCACAAGGAUUAUUUUCCUGCCUAACCAGGGUCGCCUGGUAACACUGUGUGAUGAUAAUUCACUUCAUUUGUGGGAAAUAAAUGGGAGUUCCCUGGAGGAAGUAAAAUCGCAAGCCCUGGAAGGAAAGUUAAAAAAGAUAUCAGCAUUAUGCUUGGAGUCAGCUGGUAAAAAUUUGUUACUGGGGACUGAGGGUGGAAACAUUUACUUGCUCAGCCUUGAGACAUUUGAAACUGCUGAGCCAGUUAUUUAUCAAGAUGUUGUUCUUCAAAAAAUAACUGAAGAGUUUAAACAUAACCCUGGAGCUGUAGAAGCCAUUGCUGAACAACCAGAUCAGCCAGAUAAUAUUUUGAUUGGGUACAACCGUGGCUUAAUGGUUCUGUGGAACCGUUCAACAUCCACCGCUGAGCAGACUUUUGUCAGCACUCAAGACUUAGAAAGUAUAUGCUGGCAUGACAGUGGAACGAAAUUUACAUCCUCUCACAAUGACGGCAGUUAUGCUAUCUACAAUGUUCCCAAAGGCACAGAGCCUCUUAAAGAUCCUAUCUCCCCUCAUGGACCAUUUCCAUGCAAAGCUAUGACAAAGUUACUGUGGAGACAAGCAGAGGGAGAUGAUAUGAUUAUUUUUUCUGGAGGUCUUCAAAGAGCCACUCAUUCUGACCGCUACUGUAUCACUGUGAGUCAGGGUGAAAAGAUUGUGGUUUUUGACUUUACAUCCAAAAUUAUUGACUUUUUCACAAUCACCCCUGUAGAGGACGCAUCUGGUCCAGAGGCUCUUGUUGUUCUUGCUGAGGAAGAAAUUGUUGCUAUUGAUUUGCAAGCAGAUGAUUGGCUUCAAAUCAAUCUGCCAUACCUGGUUUCUGUACAUGCCUCAUCAGUAACUUGCAGUCAGUAUGUUUCUGAUGUGUCCCCAGAAUUGUGGGAGAAAAUUGAAGCUUGUGGGAAAAAACAAAUGGAGGGUCAAUUUUCUAAUAAGAAAUGGCCGAUUGAUGGAGGAGUCAUUACCGAUGAGAAACCUGAGCCUCGUGAUUUGCUGUUGACUGGUCAUGAGGAUGGCUCUGUUCGCUUCUGGGCAGCUGGUGGGGUAGCUCUGCGUCCUCUAUAUAAACUUACCACCUCAAACUUCUUUCACAGUGAUGACAUAGCCCAUGAUGAUCAAGCAGAUGAUGACGAUGACAAUGGAUGGCCUCCCUUCAAGAAGGUUGGAUUUUUUGAUCCUUAUUCUGAUGACCCCCGCUUAGCUGUAAAGAAGUUGGCUCUCUGUCCUGUGUCAGGAGUUUUAGUCGUAGCUGGGACAGCAGGACAUAUAAUCAUAGCGGACUUGGAAGACGAGGCCAAGGAAGAUGAUAUUCCUGUCACUGUUAUGAAUAUUGUGUCGGAUAGAGAUGGAUUUGUUUGGAAAGGUCAUAGUCACUUGGCUGCUCAUGAGAACAAAGUAAAGAUUCCAGCUGGGUUUCAGCCAACGUCUGUUCUCCAAUUGCAUCCACCUGUGGCUGUGACUGCCCUUAUGUUGCACUCAGAUUGGGGUGUUAUAGUUGCUGGCACUGCUCAUGGCCUUGCUCUAUUUGAUUACAUCCGCAGCAAACCUGUGGUUACCAAAUGCACUCUGAACCCAAAUGACUUGUCCGGGGCCGGAGAACAAGCAAUCUCACGCCGCAAAUCAUUCAAGAAAUCACUCCGUGAAUCUUUUAGACGACUUCGCAAAGGUCGCUCAACACGCCAUGGUGACAAACGAGGGGGUGCUACUUCUGGAGUUACUUCACCAACUUCCCCUGCAGGCAAUGAAAGGAGGAGGGAGGGUGAUACAAAUGCUGCUACUUUGGAGCCUAAACCUAUUGAGCGUCAAGUUGAAGCUCGACCUGUUGAUGAUAGCCAGGGCAGUAUGGUGCGCUGUGUGUACCUGGCUCGCACUUACAUUGUCAGUGUUCAGAAUACCACCCCCACAAUGUGGGCAGGUACCAACAACGGAACUGUGUACGUCUUUACCUUAGCUAUUCCACAAGGUGCCAAGAGGAAGGAUGACGGUGUGCAUUGCCAGCUGGGUAAGGAAAUUCAACUGAAGCACAGGGCCCCUGUUAUUGGAAUAUCAAUAGUUGAUUCUGCUGGUGUACCUUUGCCUGAACCUCGUCAAAAGGGACCAGAACCUGUUGGACCUCACAGAGUUAUUAUCUCAUCUGAAGAACAAUUCAAGAUGUUCACUCUUCCAAGUCUCAAGCCCCUUUGCAAGCUUAAACUCACUGCUCAUGAGGGAAGUCGCGUAAGACGAACAGCCAUGGCCUUAUUUAAAUCUGUAUCAGCAGCAAACCCUCAACAUUCAGAGUGGUGUCUUAUUUGUUUGACAAACAUGGGUGAUUGUAUUGUGCUGUCUACCCCUGACUUGAGAAGGCAAUUGAAUGCUGCUGUGAUUCGUCGAGAAGAUGUGCAUGGCAUAUCCAGCCUUUGUUUUACUAAACAUGGAGAGGCAUUGUACCUUCACUCCUCAAGUGAAUUGCAGAGAGUUGCUCUCUCUGCCCAACAUAUUACUCUAGCACAUUGUCACCUCAAUCUCCCACCUGGUGUAAGACCACGUAAAGAUGAGGAUGAAAAUGAAGAAGAGUGUAUCCAGGAAGAACAAGAGGGAGAAGAUGUAGAAAAAGAAAGCACAGAGGUUGAAGUAGUUGUUAAGCAGGAAGCUGAAGAAACAAGUGAAAGCUCCCCUGACAAAAAAGAAGAGAAAAAAAUAUCCUCUCCAUCUCCUACUCCCAAAGCUGCUAACACCACUGCUCCAAUGGUCAAUGGAGGUACAGAACCUACUGGAAAAAAAGAAAAAGAAGUGAGUAGCAAUAACAUUGAUGAGCCAAAGGAAAAUGGUGUUUCUUCCGAAGAGGAACGUUUGGAAAUCAGCAUGGGAGACAUCACCAUUGAUUCAGUCAAGGACCAUCUGAUAAAUUGCUCUGCAUUGGAGGAGAGCCGAGUGACGACCGAAAAGAUUGAAGUGAAGAACAACAGUUCUUUGUCUGAAUCUGUGAUAGUCAAAACAACCACUACGAUUAUCAGCAAUGAGGAAAGUACCAACAAUACCACACCUGCUGUUGCUGAGAGCAACGUCGCGGAGUCCCUGACAUUGUCAACUUCUCGAACAUAUGCCCACGAGAUUAAUUCAUUGAAGGCACCUUUAGCGCCUGCAGAAGACUUGGAACUGGAUAUGACUACAUAGUACUUUUAAAUCAUUGGGCUUUUAUCGUUUUCCCCUUUUAAAAACAAAAAUUGUCUUAUAUAUUUUAUCUCUUAUAAUUCUUCACUAAAUCUCCCUGAGCAUAGCUCUUGACUUAACUCCAUAAUUUCAACAAGUUAGUACUCAUUACUACUGAAUUCAAGUUAAUUUUACUUAAUUUUUGACGUGCAUUGUUACAUAAUAAUGUUACAGUGUUACUUGAUUUUAAUUCUGACUUUGCUGGAAGGAAGCUAGCAUAUAAUUUGUACCAUACAAUAACAUUUUACUGUUCAACUGUCUAAUAUUUCUUAUGGGUAUGUGAAUUGAACUCGCUAUUUUUUUCUCAAACAUUUGACUAUGUACUCUGGGAGUGGGAAUAGUACUUAACAUUCCAUCCUGACCUACUGGCAGAAUAAAAGACUGUUUCUGAUGUUACUUGAAUUUGAAUUCUUUUAUUUUUUACAUCAAUUUUAAAAACAAAAUUUGUUUGGCCAGAUUGCACUAAGCCUUCUCAUUAUUAACCGCAAAAAGUGGGUGAAACAACCAUUUUCUUCUUGGCGUUUUUCCUUUUCCGUUUUGGUUUUUGGAGAAGCUUCAUGUUCCUAUACUGUGUGCUCAUUUUCAUGUUCAAAGUUCUGCAGUAAAAAGAUACUGUCAGAUAUUUUUGUGACCUUUUGACCAUAUUGUUAUCUUUCACUUUUGCAUCUGCUUGAACUGCGGCCUUAUUUUCAUUGAUGUAUGUAUUAUUUGUCUGGACCUGUAAAGAGAAAUUUACUUGUGAUAUAUUUGGCUGCUCUAUAAGCCUAGUUAUUUUGAUACUGCAGUAUCAUAAAGGAUGUGUACUUAAACACUCCAUAAUUGGUGUACCAUGCUCAGAGAAAAUGUGUGUUUCAGCGAUUAGUUUCCAAUGUCAACGGUUACCUGUACUUAUUCAAAGUGUAUUAUACCUACCUAUUAUAUUAUGUCCUCUACUACACUGCAGACUGUAAUCAGUUUAUAUGGUCUGAUUAUUUUGUGUCAAAUCUGUUUUACAUUAAACUCAAUAUUUUGGCCAAUUUCUCCAUAAUACAACAAAUUUGUACUUUUAUAUCUAGUGUGCUAUUGACGUAGCAAUUUUAGAUGUAGCGGCUUAGACCAUUUUAUAAAUGUGAUUGUACUAACAUUACCAUCAUAUCCUACGCAGCUUAAAGCUUGUGAAAAUUGUUCAAGCAGUAGAUUUAUGUGUCAUAAGGUUGAUCGCUUGGAUUGAAUCAAAAGAGUAUUAUUUUGUUAAUGUUGCAUAUUUGCCAUUUUUAUCAAUGAAUUUCUCUUUGUUUUUUGUUUUAUACUUAGCAACACUUCUUGUCCUCCUUGACAUAUUCUAUGAAAACAUCAAGAACUUUAUAUUGGUCAUCAAUUUGUGAACUGCCCACUGGUAUCUUCCUGUUUUAAAGUGAUGUAAUUAUGUCCUGUCUUAUUGUGUAACGGGUAAAAAUAACAUGGUUUUGAAAGAAACUAUUGUAACUCACUAGGUUUAUUGAGACUGCAUUAGACAAGGAGGAAAGGGUGCACACAAGUGCCUUGACUCAAUUUUUUAUUCCUAGCUUUGUAUUUUUCAUGUGUGAUCUGUUUUUCCUCCCUGUUCUUAGUUCUAACCCCUAAGCAUUGAAAUUGACCUUACCAACAAUGUUGACAAGCUUUGAAAUUUAAUAAAACUAAUAUUUGCUUUUUGUAUGUUUGUACCUAUUUGACAUUAAUAUCAUUCUCAUUAUGUACUAUGGUACCACCCUUAUUCACUUAAGUCAUAUCACAUGAAUGAAGAGAUUGUGGAAGUGCAAAUGAGGGAAUUCUCCUGCUUUUAUGCUUUGUAAUACAGCCAUAUCUGCAGUACAUGUUACCUUUUCUUUGAGAGAGUGUUGCGAAUACAACUCCAGUCGAUUCACUACAAACCGGUGCAUACAAUUUCUGCGCCUAAAAUAUUGGCAGUAUUUUGUAUGAUCUCCAACAUUUCAUUAAAAUGUACAUUUUUAAUUUUCAACAUGGAAUAGUUUGGUCUCAUCACUCAAUACAGACCAAAAUAAGUAGAAACUAAUUCUCACUGCAUUAUAAGUACACCUCUCUUUCUUGCCAACAACCUCUUAAUGCAUUGCUUGUGAUAUGCUUUUUGUUAGCAGAUAGUUUUCUCUUCCACCAUUUGUGUUUUGGGAUAAGGUGAUGGUUUAAUGUAGUGCUUAGUUAAAAGGGAGAAUUUUGCAUCCAUUAUAUUGUUUUGUUUGAGCUGUAUGAGAAGAACAAAAGGGUGUGAUACUGAGGAGAGAUAAUUAAGAGAUGAUAUAUACUGAAUAAAAUAAAAUUAUUAACAUAUUUAUAUAUUUUUCAACAAUGAAUGUAACUUAAUCCUUUAAGAGUGAAUGUGUUUGUGUGUAAGUUUUGCCAUGUCAACGUAAAAAUUGCUCACAAUUGGGUGUAAUAAGUAAUUGGUGGUUUUCUGAUGUGUGAGAAUGUUGGCUUUGAAAUACACUGCCCCCUGCUCAGGGUUCAUUUCCUUUGA